UUCAUACGUCCUCUUAAGUUGAAUCCAGAUCCGCACACGCAGAACUGGCAGAAGAGAGGAGGAUAGACAGAGGGAGGAAGGUCCAAAAGGAGGAGCGGACGGAGCUAAUUUGGAUUUUAUUGAAUUCCUGCGCCAUAAGAGACAGUUUUCCUGGGUUUUUGUUUCCAAACCGCUCCCGAAGUGGACUUUUCAAACAUCAUUGAAUGAGUACUUAGAACUUUGGAAGAAGGACAAAUGUGAUAAAAGGAGAGACAGUGAGUUUUGCUCCGCUUCACCCGUCCCGUUUGGAUAAAUAAAAGCAGGAGAGCGCACCGGUGGAGAGCGGGUUUAUUCCUCGGUUCGAGCUUGAAGCUCAUACUUUUAUUUAUUUUCUGAACGGGUUUUGUAAAAAAAAAAAAAAAAAAGUUUACCUGCCUUGGAUUCCCCCUCCCACAAUGUUUGCCCUUUAUUACGGACUCAUGGAGGAUUUUUAGUUUGCGCCGUGUCUUAGGUCAGCCACCGUGGGAGCGCAAUUUGCUCAAAAUGAGAUUAUUGAUGGCACCGACGCGGCAGUGAUCUGCCAGUGGGAAGAACAAAUAAAAUAAAUAAGAAUAACAAUAAAAAACAGAUCAUCAACACUUUUUCAUUUGUGUGAACAAUCCCGGUGGUUUAUAAAAACAGGAGGGAUGGAGGCGAUGUGGAGAAGAGGACGCGCUCUGGAGCGAUGUUGCCUCUGGAAGACACUGCUCCUGCUUUUCCUGUGGGAAGUAACGGACCGUCGAGCAGGAGCAGCAGGUGGGGGACCAGGAGGAGGGCCAGACUCUUCACAGCCCCGUUUCUCAUCAUCGCUGCCCACCUACCUCCCUGUCCAGUGCCAGCUGAGUGGUGCAGACUCUGCCUUCUUCCUGCGGGAAGCCAAUCAGGAGGUUAUGCGAAACAGCAGCCUGUCCACAAGGACCGAGCCCUUCUUCCUCCACCAGCUGGAACUGGGUGUUCCUGCCAUGCAAAACUUGCCCAGCGUCAAUUGCAGUUACGGAAACCUAAGCAUUGAGCAGCCUGUCCCAGUGGAGCUGCUUCAGGGGCCACCACCACAUGUGCUACGGACUGCCAACCAGGUGACUCUGAACUGGAAGGUCAAAGCUCAAGUAGUGGUGCCCAAAGUUGGGUCAUCACGACCCUGGAUACAGGUACUUUUUUAUUUAGUAGGUCGACGCUGGGAUGAGCCUGACCCGCCUCCUCCAUCCCUUCUGCCGUGUGUCAGAGCCGUGGCCAUCCGGGACACCAAUGAAGCAGCACCCUCGGCUGGCUGCCGGCUCGUGGGACCAUCUGGCAUCUGCGUUGUUCGUCUGGAGAUUCCCCCAGCUUGGUUUAUACCACUGCAAGUGAGAAAACGGCCUCCUGAAGUGACUCUUCCAUCAGUGGAUGUGUAUUACUCAAUCAUACCAGUAGAAGGGGCUGGUCAAGAGUGUCCUUACAUUGUGAACGAACCAUGGAGGGGUCAAAGUGCAAACAUCGGGCCUCUUGGAGGGCUAGGUAUGGGCCCUGGGGGUCAGUGGAGCCCCCCGCAGGAUGGGGGUCUUCAGGACAUGCUCAAGGCUGGUUCCGUGGUGAUGAGCAUGGGCAUGGUUUCUGCCAAAGGAGAAAGACUGAGACUGGAUGAAAAUGUGGAGGUUCUGGUUCCACCCAGCCCAGUUCGGCUUGGCAAGACCGUGGCGUUUGGUAUCUACAUGAGGACAGAAUCAUCCACACAGCAGUUUACACUGAGGGUGUGGUUUCAGUCAGGCAUCAACUUCCUGGCUGUGAAACCCAGCAAUCUUGUUGCGUGGGAGAUCAAACAGGAAAUGGCGCCGGGAAGUAGUUCGUUGGCAGUGAUGUGUCAGAGAAAGGCCUCCUCCACAGCAGAGAGACUGGAGAUUCCUUCAUACGAAGUGAUGCAGCUCGACUUUGAGGUGGACAACGUGAUCAACCUGGUGCCGACUCAGACUCUACACUGGAACAUCGAGUAUGCGGCUGAUACACAGAUGACUUCCAGGCAACCAGAGAAAGUCUCACAUCUCUACAUCAGCAAUGCUGACAUACAGGGCAUCGUGCCCCUGGCUGAGGACACAGACGUGGUGAACACAGCCAUCCUGACGGGGCGACGUAUUGCCAUUCCAGUCAAACUGGUUACCGUGGAAAUGGAUGGACAGGUGAGGGAGGUGGACGACUCGGUCACCUGCAGGUCAACAGACGUGGACGUCCUCAAGGUGUCUCCAAACUGUGACCAGGUCCUGGUGAACGGUAAAGAAAUGCGUGGUCGUCAGUCACUGGCAGUGAAUUUCACCUACCUGCACCUGUCUGCUCAGCUGCAGCUAAAUGUCUGGGUUCCCAAGCUGCCUUUGCAGAUAGAUGUGUCUGACACAGAGCUGAGCCAGGUCAAAGGAUGGAGGGUCCCGAUCAUCACUAACAAGAGACCAACUCGAGACAGUGAAGAUGAUGAUGAUGAUGAGCGGAAAGGCAAAGGUUGCACCCUUCAGUACCAGUACGCCUUGGUGCGAGUCCUCACUCAUUUUGUUGCAGAACCCUCUGAUCCAGGAGGGGAGAUGGUUUACAUGCUCGGUGCCGACUGGCAAGCUGAUAUCACCCAUUUGGUUUUGGACCAGUUAAAGGUAGAAGAUUCUCGAAUUGCAAGACUUAUAGAUGGACGGAUUCUGAUGGGACGGGACUUGGGGAUCACCACUAUACAGGUUCUAUCCCCGCUGUCGGACUCUAUCCUGGCAGAGAAGACCGUGACUGUAUUGGAUGACAAGGUGACCAUUACAGACCUGGGAGUCCAGCUGGUUUCUUCUCUGUCCCUCAGUAUGACAGCGAGUCCUGGAAACUACCAGGCUAUUCAGCUAACAACCACAGCUAUUGACCUGCUACACACACCGAAACAGGAAGCUGCAGUCAGCGCAUGGAUCCAGUACAGUGAUGGUUCAGUAACGCCACUUGACAUCUACGAUCCUAAGGACUUCCUCCUCUCUGCUGUUUCACUGGACGAGGGCGUCAUCUCCAUAACCAAUCAGGAACAGCACUGGCCAAUUGUGGUCGCAGAGGGCAAUGGACAAGGGCCACUUGUUCGUGUAGAAAUGGUCAUCUCCGAGACUUGUCAGAAGUCCAAAAGGAAGAGCGUCCUGGCGUCUGGAGUUGGCAACGUGCUGGUGAAGUUUGGAACAAAGAGCAAGGAAAGGGGCGAAAUGGAAAGAGGACAGGAGGAAGGAGGAGAGAUGGACAACAGCACCAUUGAGCACCGGACAAAGGAUGGAAGAGAGUGGAAGUCUAACAGUGCAGCAGUGGAUCGAGAGGAAGGAGCCAUGAGGAAGGUGAGCACAACAACCAAGAGCACAGUAAUCCAUCGUGCUGCAGGUGGUAAAGCUGCCAGUGGAGGCAGCAGCAGUAGCCGAGGCAGUGGUCCGAGCCAAGCAGGAGACUACGGCAGUGUCCCAGCACAGGUGGAAGUGCCAGGGACUGGGGGCAGUGAGUUAACCCACACCACCAGAGGCCUGUCGGACCUGGAGAUUGGGAUGUAUGCCCUUCUGGGAGUGUUCUGUCUGGCAAUACUAGUUUUCCUCAUCAACUGUGUCAGCUUUGCUUUCAGAUAUCGGCACAAGCAAGUACCUGUUCUGGAAACAGGAGGCAACAUGAACCAUGCCCAUGAUUGGGUGUGGCUUGGCAAUGAAGCUGACCUCUUAUCUGACCACACCGAUCAAUGCCAGGGUGGGAUACCAGAUGAGUGCACCACCAUCAUUGACCGAAAUGAAGGAGCAUAUGAGGAGAACAAGUACCUGCUGAACGGGGCUGGCAACACCCUGAUGAUGGGUGUGGGCACAGGCAUGGGCACACUUAGUGGGAGUAGUAGUACAGGUGGACACCGUGGCAUAGCCCAUGGACAAACCUUACCCAGAUCUGUCCCAGAACCACAUCAGUGCCUAAUCACUACUGGUGGCAAAGAUGCCACAUGCCACACAGAGCAUCUCAAUAAUUCCCCCAGAUCCACGGCUGCAGCUGCCAAACGCAAACGCGUCAAGUUCACAUCUUUUGCCACUGUCCUGCCCAAUGAUAAUUCAGGUGGGUGUGGAGCAUACACCAACUCCUCAGUCCUGAUGACCAAUGGGAGCGAGGAUGACAUCAAGUGGGUGUGCCAGGAUAUGGACCUGGGUCAGUCUGAAAUCAGAUCCUACAUGGAGAGGAUACAAGACAAUCUGUGACGGUAAUGGAGGGGCAGAGAAUAAAGGCAGGCAUGGGGGAGGCAGAUGGACAGUUAGUACAAUUCACCUGUAAUGCCUUUGCAGUGGAUGAAGGGAGGAAGUAUGGAAGGGAUAUGAGCCAAAUGACAGGAAGUGUGCUUAGUAUUAUCAAAUAGAUGCUUAAAUGUGACUCCCGUAAGGCCAUGAAAAGCUUUAAGUCCUCAGUAGGUUACUCUGAAAUCAAUAGUAGCAAACAAUAAAUAACCAUGACUUCAUUUUAUAUUAUUUAUUGUGCGAAUGUUAGUGUAAAAUCAAUAAUUAUACCAUUACUGGUGAUGGAUGUUUAUUUCACAGUACCAGAAAACCAUUGUGCUACAUUAAAUUCAGGAUAUAUUGCUGGAUUAACAUAAUUAAGCCACUCUAUAUGUGGUGAAUACAUACAAAAUUACUCACAUGGUAUAUUGCCAAGACUGUGGUUGUUGACUGAGAGAUCUAGUUUAAUUUUCCAGUAUAAUGAAUGACUAAAGAACAGGUGCACAGUAAAGAUAAAGACUGUUCUUUUUCUAUUGUGUGACACAUUUCAUUUUGACAUUGCUCACAGGUAAAUUAUAAUGUGAAAAAAACAAAAAACAUAUUUAUUUAUUCCCAGUACUUUUUACAUUUUACAGUCACCAGUGCAGUUUUGCCAUUCAGCACUUUAUUCAGGCAAUUUCCUCAAAUGGGACGUGCCAAGAGUUGGAAAAUGAAAAGUCACACAUAAGACUGUUUCUCCCUUGGAUCCACGACAGAGGCAUUUAAUCUUGCACAAUUACAAACAGGAAAGGACAUUAGCCAUAUUUGAGGCUUUCUUACUGUGUUCAGAAACUGGUCCUGUCGUCUCCCCCCCUCCCCCGGCCCUUCUCUGUGUAUGUGACUGGACAUCAGCAGAGACAAAGUGGAUGAAAGGACACAGUGAAACUCUGUCUAUAAACGAAACAGAUUGAGGUGUCUCCUGUCAAAUAAAAGAGGAGGUUGCUCGGAGUUCUAAUGUGACACUGAAUACUGAGGAUUAUUUAAAAUACAAACAUGUAGGCUCCGGAACAGACUGUGUUGUACCUGGAGCAAACAGAAUACUCUCAAUGACAUUAAAAUACAAAUGAAAAUGGAGAGACUCUCAUGAAUAACUGAUAGAUAUGGGGUCAUGAAAAAGUGUUUGUUAUUUCUGAACUUAUUUCAUAUAUAUAUAUAUAUAUAAUGUUUUCCCUUUUGUUGAUUCUUUUUGAUAAAUAGAAUGUUUUUAUUAUGUUAUCUCAGUUUUCUUUCCUACUUUGGAAAGGUGUUAUUCAUUUUAUUAUUAUUAUUGUUAUGAUUUUAAGGACAUAUGGUUCUUUUCUUUCUUUAUGUCUUUCUUUCUUUUGUAGAGCUAUAUUUAUUUAAAUGAACAUUUGAGAGGGUGAGGAAGAAAAGGAAGGGCAAGUAUGAGAAGGAAUAUUGCUGCUGGUGAAUGAUAGCACAUACUUUCAUGGUGCAUUCACACCGUAAAGAAGGCAAUUUUUUGCAUCUCAUUACUACCACCUAUGUGGUCGAUAUGUCAUUUGUAUUUAUUUCCAUUACUCACACAAGUAACACAAGUUAACACAA